AUGCGGUUUAAUGUUUUUGAGUGGUUAACAUUAUUCCACAUUUUGAGAUUUAGCCAUGGUUUUUUGUUACCUAGUUUUAUGGAUUCCGAUACUGGUAAACAUUUAUACGAAUUUUUGGAAAGCCACGAUUGGGUUUACGAAAACCAUACCGUGGUCACUCCUGACGGAUAUCACAUAAAUGCGAUAAGAUUACCACGUGCACGAGGCGAAAUUCCAAGCAACAAACAAAAACCUUGUGUUUUGCUUGUUCACGGAUAUGCUAGCCAACCUCAACUUUUUAUGGUACAAUUGAAUGAUUCCAUCGCAAUGAUGUUAGUGGAAGCAGGGUUCGAUGUUUGGAUUAUGGCAUCAAGGGGUUGCGUUUACAGCUUAAAACAUGAGUUUUUGACUUCAAAAGAUGCAAAAUACUGGGAUUUUAGUUUCCAUGAAAUCGCUUAUUACGAUAUCCCCGCUUACAUGGACCAUAUUAGAAAUGUAACAGGUAAUGAAAAAUUAUCCUUCAUUGGUCACUCAAUGGGAGGAUUAAUUUUUCUCGCAUUUGCUACAAUUCGUCCUGAAUAUCUAAAAAGAAUAGAUUCGGCACACGCCUGGGCACCCGUAGUUUAUAAGAAGUAUGCCCGAACAACGAUAGAUCCAAAACCUUGGAGAGAAGUAAGGGACGAGCAUAUCCUCAAAGGAAAGAAAAAUGUGGCGAAUGAAUUUAGUCAACUCAGAAUGUGGCUGUCAAUUAUGUUUUGUCACGAAAAGUCGCCAUUCUUAGACAAAUGUGUAGCUCUUCAGGAUGACUUUGGACCUGACCGUAGUCAAAUAGAUAAGUCUAAACUUAUUGUAUAUAUGACAAACGAUCCAUCUGGAAGCUCCUUCAAAACCUACUUACAUAUGCUUCAAUCGCACCAGGCAGAAAGAUUUCAAUUCUAUGACUACGAUUUCUUCAAAAAUUUGAUAGUGUAUGGUCAGUUCAAACCUCCGCUCUAUAAUUUAAGAUCGAUAUCUGGCGAAGUACCAAUUAUCAUUAGCUAUGGAAUCAAUGACUAUUUUGCAGGACCAGAGGAUUUCGAACGAUUGAUAGCUGAAACACCUGGUGCAGUAGGACACAUAGUUCCUUGGCCCUUUUUUAAUCAUAUCGACUUCGUAUAUGCCAAAGAUGCAAAGAAACUUCUGUAUAAUGACUGUAUCCGCAUGUUGAAAAUGUAUGCUACAGUGACCGAAGCCUGA